UCCCUAUAUAUACAUCUCUUUCUCCUCCUCAUCUCCUCCUCACUUCAAGUCUCAACCACUCACUCCAUACGCUAAAUCUGUAUCUCAUUCUGAUUUUUCUUCUCUCCUCUCUUCUUAACCAAGGUAUUCUUGAAACCCUCAUCUUCGGAUUCAUCAUUUUGGUCUUUGGCUGGUAAACUUGCAGUAUUUGCAGUCAGCAAAAGUGGAGGGUGUUAAGUUAGAAACGUCUUUUAUGUCUGAGCAGGCCUCUCAGUUUUUAUCAUCAAUUGGGUUGCUUGGAGAAUACUGUCCUUUACCAAGGGAAAAGGAGAAAACUUCUGCUUCCGAAGUUGGCUGCAUGCAUCUCGAGCUACGUCAAGGAUACGACAUACGUCAUCAAGGUUGCCAGUUUAUGCGGCCUGUUCUCUCUCUUAGGAAUUUCUACCAUAUUGAGGAAGAAACUUUUGUUGGAGAAGACAACUUGUUGCCCUUCUGAUAAAGUUGUUACACGGCGAUACAUUAGCACAAGGACGAAAUGGCUUUGCAAAAUAUCGGCGAAGGGAACAAAGAUGAUGCCUUCUACAGGUACAAGAUGCCUAAAAUGAUAACAAAAAUUGAGGGCCGUGGGAAUGGCAUUAAGACCAAUGUAGUCAAUAUGGUUGACAUUGCAAAGGCUUUGGGCAGGCCUGCUUCUUACACAACAAAAUAUUUUGGCUGUGAACUGGGAGCUCAAUCCAAGUUUGAUGAGAAGACGGGGACUUCUCAUGUCAAUGGGGCUCAUGAUACCUCAAAACUUGCAGGACUUCUUGAGAACUUUAUCAAGAAGUUUGUCCAGUGUUAUGGUUGUGGGAACCCUGAAACUGAAAUUAUCAUAACAAAGUCACAAAUGAUCAGUCUUAAGUGUGCUGCAUGUGGUUUUAUCUCUGAGGUUGACAUGCGGGACAAGCUCACGACAUUUAUUCUCAAAAAUCCCCCUGAGGCAAAGAAAGGAUCAAAAGACAAGAAAGCAAUGAGGAGGGCUGAGAAGGAGCGACUGAAGGAGGGAGAGGCAGCUGAUGAAGAGCAGAAGAAACUCAAGAAAGAGGCUGCAAAGAAAAAGGGUAGUACUGGUAAUACAAAAUCUUCCAGCAAGAAGAAAUCCCACCACUCUGAUGAGGACCAUUCCCCAGUCAGCAGCCAGGCUGAUGAGCAUGAAGCAGCAGCAGUUGCUGACGACAGUGAUGAUGAUAUCCAGUGGCAGACUGACACUUCUAUGGUGGCUGCUCAACAGAAAAUCCAAGAGCAGCUGAAUGCUGUUACAGCCAGUAUGGUCAUGCUUUCAGCCAAUGAGGAGAAGCCAAAAUCAGGAAAGAGUUCUCCAUCUAGGGAAGUGAAGCCUAAUGUUGAUGGACACACAAAUGGCUUUAAAGCGGACAAGCCAGAGGACCAGCUGGAGGAACUUGUUGAUGCAAUAAAGGAGUAUGUGAAGAAUGGUUCCCCGGUGGCCCAACUCAAAACUUUCCUGGACUCUCUCCCGGGCAUGCGCCAGGAGAUAAUUGAUGCUUUAUUUCAGGCAUUGUUUGAGGGAGUUGGAAAAGGAUUCUCGAAUGAGGUUGAGAAGAAGAAGAACUACAUUGCCGCUGCCGUUCAGGAAGAGGGCUCACAACCGCUUCUGCUUCAUGCAGUGGAGACCUUCUGUGGUAAAGCAAGAGCUGAGGCAGUAAAAGAGGUGGCUUUGGUUUUGAAUACUCUGUAUCAGAAUGACUUGCUUGAGGAAGAGUUCAUAGUGGAGUGGUAUGAGAAGGGUUUGAAGGGUGGCAAUAAAGGUUCACCUAUCUGGAAAUACGUUAAACCAUUUGUGGAGUGGCUGCAGAAAGCCGAGGCUGAAGAGGAGUAACUGCUGAUGGAUGUUGGCUGUUUUACUAUUUGAGAAAUUUACUGUUGUUUCUAGUAUGCAAUAACUGCGGUGAGCAGGUUAUUGGGAUAAUAAUGCCAUUGGUUAUGGCUUUUAUGUGGUUUUUAUUCCAUUGCUCAGUGUUCUUAAGAUGCAACUUUGAGAGGCCUUGUCUUGGUAUUUGUGUUGGCUUGUUCAAGUUUGAGUGUCUACCUGUGUGGUUAAAUUGUAAUAUCUUGUUUUUGUUGAUUUAGUUCUUAUUUCAUUUUAA